AUGCGUCGUCUGAGGAAACUUACGGAAACAGCUCCGAGACGUAACACUACCACAUGGACCAAGAAGGAAGAGGAGAGUUUGCUUGUGCAGAUAAAUGAUGGUCACUCCGAUGAGUCCGCAGCAUCGUCCUUGGGCCGGACGCUUCACGCAGUCAAUCACAAGCUUUGCUCCAUGCGAAAGUCGGAUCCGCAAAUACCGAUGAAUCCGCGGCGAUUUACAGCUGCGGAGGACCAGCAAAUGUCGGAACUGCACGCGCGUGGGGUUCCAAUCACGGACAUCGUGUCUGCACUUCCACGUCCGCGCUCAUACACAUCGGUCGCAGCACGUUUGAAGGUGCUUUUCACGAAAGGCACAAUGACAAGACGUCUCUGGACCGAGCAUGAUAAGGCGGAGCUUUAUAGAGUGCUCGUGAAGGAAAACCUCCCGUGGCCUGAAAUUUGCGCGCUCAUGCCUGAAAGGAGCAUGGCGAGCCUGCAAGCGGCGGCGGACAGAUUGGGGUUCAGGCGCAAACGAAAGCCUACGUUGCCGUGGAGUGCCGAGGAGAUCCAACGUCUAGAUCUGCGCAUGGAACAAAACCCGUCCAGCCUUCCAUCUGAGCUUGAAGUGGCGACGCUUUUCCCCGGUCGGACUUCGCCCGCCGUUCGACACCGUUGGUACCAAGGUCGUCAUACUAAGCGUACGGGCUAUAUUCAUAAAGCGGGCGCAUCGCCAUGGACCCGCGAAGAAGAUCAAGUGGUAUUGCAAGGUUUGGCGAAGGGCUCGUCACUCAUGACUAUUGCUGCGCUGCUUCCGAAUCGCACCCAGAAGGCCCAUACUUGCACACGACUAUUUCGAUCAUCCUUUGACAAGCCCGGGGUACCUUUGCGCACAUCUGGAUACCCAACGAUUGUCUUCCCUCUGCAGCCGCAAUCGAGCUGUAGACGUUCCAUAUUGGACAACCUCCGGGCCAUCGGUCUCGACGCCAUACUCUUCAUUCAAGACAUAUGGCCGAAGCACCAACUACCAGUAUUCAUUGCCACUCCUCUCGACUGCAGAUCCGAAACCUUCGUCCUUCGCUUCCACAGCAGUUUCGUCUGUCUUGCAGCCUUCCUCAUGCAGCUUCACUCGGUUAUGCUAUACCCCACCACUCAGCCGCACGACGCUCUUCGUCCAAUCUCUCCGUCGCUUCAUCCUGCUAUGUCUUUCAUUACCCUUUACUCCCCCGCCUUGAUCACGCACGCGCGGUCUCCUCGGAGAUACAAUAUCUACCCUCGGAUCGCAUCGCAAGCACUGCUUGCAUACCUCAAAGAACAAUCCGCUUGCCCACGCCGAAUCAUGAGUGCACCCGCUUGUACAUCUUGUCAAGAUGUGCUACACUGCAACGACAGCCCUUUGUCGAUAACGGCGAAUAUUAUUGGCACCUUGACCUUUGUGGCAGCGAUCGUCAUCAGUUUUCAACUUUACCUGAAGUUAAUCAAGGACGCCCCGCAGGGUAUGAUGGAAAAGCUGGACGAGCUUCGAACGCUAGGUGACGAGGGACAGUACCUAUUCGACAAGCUUGCGAGACGACAGACUCAAUUGAGAGAACUCGAUGGACCGCUUAGAGAUCGUGUAGAGACUGCAUUGAAGCGGACGGAAGGGGCUUUCAGGGACGCCAUGAAGAUGGUGCUACCGCCAGAUGUGCUGUACGGCCCGAAAUCGACGCGCCAGAAGCUCUGGCAUCGUGCGAGGUAUGCUUUGAGCAGCGACGAAAUCGGAAAAAGAGUCGAAAAGGCUGCGCUCGCCAUGGCCACACUGAAAGAGGUCGCGAAGGACGCAUUGCCCGAUGGUGCACCAGACCUAGAGACCACAUUCCGCAAAGCUGUUUCGCAGCAAUUAUCCGACAUCAAAGCCGAGCUCAAGAUGGCACAUCUCGCAGCUCUCACAUCCAAGCAGCCGGCUAGCCAGGUCGCUCGGAAGUACGCUGAUCGCCGCAACUACCCACGUCUAGUCGCUGAUUGUACACACUCUCAGAUCAAGGCCGUGCUCUCCUGUUCCUGA